GCAGCAUCAACAGCCGAAACCAACAAGGCAAGCCAGCAAGAGACAAGACGUGAGUGACAAGCCCACCCACCGCAUCGAAUCGAAUCGAAUCGAAUCGAAUCGAAUUGCAUCAAAAGGAGACCAGAACGACGUUGUGGAACAAAGACAAACAAAAUCACAAACACACCUACAAUCACAAACACAUCCACAAACACAAGCCCACACCCAAAGACACACAAACCCAAACGCCAAUACAAUACAAUACAAUACAAAACAAAACAAAACAAGAUGCCCUCCACACCGCCCAAGCAAAAGAGAAAGGUGGUCCUCUCGUGGGGAUGCGGAACCGACGACGUCUCGGUGAACUCCUCGUGCGCCUCGUGGCACCCCGACUUUCCGGAGAUCGAGCACGAACACGAAGACCAACCCUCCGAAACCUUUGGCGCAGAGGCGUACAAGGCCACGGAGGUGUCCCGGUCGGAGGAGGAGGCGGUGAGCAGCACCGAGGGCUGCUCGGUAAUCAGCCAGGAGGGCAUCGAGGUCGAGGCCCUGGAGUUUGCCGAGGGGGGAGCCGUCUUGUACAAGACGCACAAGCACAAGCACAAGCACCAUUCGCAGGGCAAGGCCUUUCGCCACGGAGAGACCUACUGGACCGUGGGCUGCGGGGAGAAGACCUACGACCUGCCCCGGAGGCUGGUCCUGCUGAUCCUGGCCUUUUUGCUCACCAUGGCCGCGAGCGCGACGGCGGGCUUUUGGGUCCUGGCCACCAAGGAGAAGGACACCGGGGGCCUGGCCUCUUCCUCGGCCGAGGCGGCCCGGGCGGAGGGACAGGCUGCUUCCGAGGCCGUCGGCGGUUCUUCACAAAAUGCCGCCAGCGACUUUGAGUUUACCUUUGUCGAAGACRAAGACCUCGACCUCGAAGACCCRUYGGAAGACCCGYUGGAAGAARCCUGGAGCGGGGCCGAGACAGAGACCACGGACCCCCCGCGGGAGCCGGCGGAAGCGACCGAGGCCCCGGUGGCGGCUCCCACGGCGGUUCCCACCGCCCGCACCACCACCACCGCUCCGGUGGAGGCGGUUCCCGAAGAGCCCGAAGGCCUCCCCUGGGACGACAACGACGAGGAGCCCGAAGGCCUCCCCUGGACCGACGAGGCAUCCCUCUCGGUCGUCUCGGAGUGCUCCGGGGACGCCUCGGCCACAAAGGCCUCCUUUCGGUUCGACGACCCCAGGGACGGAGACUGGUACUGGAUGCGGUCCGCCGAUGGAAACGCAGAUGCCGAUGGAAAUGCCGAUGCCGACGCAGAUGCAAAUGCCUACGACUCGUGGGACUACGCGGAAACCACGGAGGGAGACCUGGUCUUUGCCUCUCUGGAGGAAGGGGACUACGUCAUUUCGCUCGUGAGGGACAGCCUCGCGCCCUACGACGUGAUCCUCUCGAGGGACUUUACGGUUCCGGUCUGYGGAUAGAACCAGAAGGGAGGAUUCGAAUGCUACGCAACGCAACGCAAUGCAAUUCAAGGGAAUCGAAUCGAAUCGAAUCGAAUCGAAUCGAAUGCCUUUGUUCUGCGCUUUGCAUCGAAUUUGCCCACCGGUGAAAGGGCAAAGAAGUCCCAACAGGCGUUUUGGCGUGGUGCCGGUACCAGGAAAUCAAAUCGAAUCGAAUCGGUGCGCACGAUGCCUGCGGCAGUUUGUUCCCCUAGCGGUGUUGUCCAUAAUAGUAAUUGUGUUUUUUUUAAUAACAGCCUAGCCCUCCC